AUGGGAAGAGUGAAGCUGGAGAUCAAGAAAAUAGAGAACACUACAAACAGGCAGGUCACUUUCUCAAAGAGAAGAAAUGGGCUAAUCAAGAAAGCUUAUGAGCUUUCUGUGCUCUGUGAUGUUGACGUGGCACUCGUCAUGUUCUCCCCUUCUGGUCGAGUAAGCAACUUCGCCGGACCUAAAAGUAUUGGAGAAAUUAUGGAACGAUACGUUAAUCUGCCGGAGCAUGAACGAGGAAGGAUUCAAAGCCAAGAGUAUUUACAGAAGGCUCUUCGGAAGUUGAAAUCUGAAGCAAAUCCUAUUUUUAAAAAAUCAUCCAGCCCAGUUAGCAUGAUUGAUACUCAAGUUGAGGAAAUUCAACAAGAGAUAAUCAAAUGCAAGAGCCAACUUGAUGAUAUGGGGAAAAAGCUCAGGAUUUAUGAAGGUAAUCCAUCUGAUAUCACAUCAUUACCUGAGGUUGAGUACAGAGAACAAAUUCUUGAAGAAAACCUGAAGCAGGUCAGGCUGCGCAAAGUGAAUUUAACGUCACCGAAUACAGAUGUAAACGUUUUGGCCACAAGUCAUCAUCAUCAAGACAAUGUGCUCGAGUGGCUUCCAGUGAGAGAUCCACAAGUCCAAAUCCUCAACUUUUUGGAUUCCAAUGGCCUUCUUCCAUUGAGGGAUCACCAAGCUCAACGCAUGGAUGACAUGCUCUCACCUUCUCUAACAAUUUUUCAUGCCCCAAGACUGAAUGUUUAUGAUCAUUUGAGUAUGGAAGAUGAUGCCCAACGGUCAGUCGAUGUCAAUCUUUCGCCAUGGACUCAUCAAUUAUAUCCAACAAGUUUGUCGUUAAGCUAA